CCCGGAGCUGAUCCCCGCCUGACGAACGCUCACACUCAGCUGUGUGAGGCAAGCGGAAGACUCGCUUCAUCUCUGCGUUGACCGACCACUAGACCACCAUGACGUCUCGUAGGUGGUUCCACCCCAACAUCACUGGCAUCGAGGCAGAGCAGCUCCUCCUAACUCGGGGUGUCCACGGAAGCUUCCUGGCCAGACCCAGCAAGAGCAACCCGGGAGACUUCACGCUCUCCGUCAGGAGGAACGAUGAGGUCACCCACAUUAAGAUCCAGAAUUCUGGGGACUACUACGACCUGUACGGGGGGGAGAAGUUUGCCACCCUGGCCGAGCUGGUGCAAUACUACACGGAGCAGCACGACCUCCUCCGGGAGAGGAACGGCGAAGUCAUCGAGCUCAGAUACCCUCUCAACUGCAAGGACCCCACUUCUGAGAGGUGGUUUCACGGUCAUCUCUCGGGGAGAGAUGCAGAGAAGCUCUUGACAGAGAAGGGAAAGCCCGGCAGCUUUCUGGUGAGAGAGAGUCAGAGCAAACCCGGAGACUUUGUGCUCUCUGUUCUCACCAACGAGGAGAAGCACGAAAACGUGGACCGCAAAACCAAAGUUACCCACGUCAUGAUACGAUGUCAGGAUGGCAGGUAUGACGUGGGUGGAGGGGAGAGGUUUGACACACUGACAGAUUUGGUGGAGCACUAUAAAAAGAACCCAAUGGUGGAGAAAAGUGGGAUUGUAGUUCAUCUAAAGCAGCCAUUUAAUGCCACCCGGAUAAAUGCAGCCAACAUUGAAAACCGGGUGCGAGAAUUAAACAAAGUGGCGGACAACUCUGAGAAGCCCAAGCAAGGUUUCUGGGAGGAAUUUGAGGUACUGCAGCAACAGGAAUGUAAACUCCUUUACCCCAGGAAAGAGGGUCAGAGACCAGAGAAUAAGAGCAAAAAUAGAUAUAAGAACAUUCUACCAUUCGACACGACCCGCGUAGAAAUCAGGGAAGCAGAGCCCGAUGUGCCUGGCUCUGACUACAUCAAUGCCAACUACAUCAGAAGUACGCACGAAGGAGGUCGCCACGGCGAUGAAGGGAAAGUGUUCAUCGCCACCCAGGGAUGCCUACAGAACACGGUGAACGACUUCUGGAAAAUGGUCUACCAGGAAAACACUCAUGUUAUCGUCAUGACGACCAAGGAGAUGGAGCGUGGCAGGAACAAGUGUGUGCGAUACUGGCCAGACAUAGGCACAGCAAAGGAGUUUGGGAAAGUGAGUGUGAGGAACACGGAGGAGCACACUGCUCAGGACUACAUCCUCCGAGAGCUGGAGGUCACAUGGACAGACCGGAAAGAGCCCCCCAGGUACAUAUGGCACUACCAGUACUUGAGCUGGCCUGACCACGGUGUGCCCAAUGAACCAGGAGGAGUGCUGAACUUUCUGGAGCAGGUCAACAGAACCCAGAAUGCUAUUCCAGAUACCGGGCCUGUUGUAGUCCACUGCAGUGCAGGGAUAGGAAGAACAGGCACAAUCAUUGUGAUUGACAUCCUUAUUGACAUCAUAAACAGACAAGGGCUGGACUGUGACAUCGACAUCCCGAAGACCAUCCAGAGAGUGCGGCAGCAGCGCUCGGGCAUGGUGCAGACCGAGGCUCAGUACAAGUUCAUCUACAUGGCCGUCCAGCAGUAUAUCGACACCGCGCAGAAGAGGUUGGAGGAAGAGCAGAAGAAUAAAACAAAGGAACGGGAGUACUCCAACAUCAGGUACCCGCAGGCGACCAACCCCAGAGGCAAGGCCAGCUCGGGCUCUCCCCGCUCGGCAUGCGUGAUGAAUGAUGACUCAUCUGGCGUGUACGAAAACCUGAACAUCAAAAACCCAAAGAACUCCGCCUGCACUAACACCAGAAGAUAGGCCACAGCUGUUGGGUGGAAGCGCUCUGCCGUGGGCUGCCUCUGGUACAUGGUGCUCAAGCAGGUGUCCAUGUGGUUGGCGGCACCCACGCUGAUCCCCAGCGCUCAGAGCUCCAUGUCCACCACCCUGCUUCUUCACUGCUGAACCUACCGACCAACCAGCUGUCCGACUCUUCCCACGUGUGCCCCGCUCGUGGCCCAAGUGCCUGAUCCACAGCAAGCAGCCAGAAGGCACCCACGGCUCGCGUCGCCCCGCGGCCUGCCAGGCUGCCGCAGCCCGUCCACCACCCGGCUACCCGUUCACCUCGACUCACACCUCUUCCGGCGAAGGGGCAUUGCGGGCUGCUCCGUCAGGUUGUUUCCUGUAGACUGAAGUUUCCUUCUUCACACUCUCUCCGCCUGCUGCCAGUCCUCGUACUGUCCACCGGCUGUGACCUACCGUAACCAAAGACCUUUGAAAUACCCCACUGGUUCUCGCUAGCAGCCAUCAUUAGCGCUUCGCUGAGUGGCAGAUAUGGCACGGUGAAAUUCUGCAGCUCGGCAGCUGACAAAGGUGCGCGCGACCGAGCCCUCGUAGGACUACAACACCUGCGCCAGUCCCCAGGAGUGACUCCCUUUUGUUGGAAGCAUACAUUAAUGCCAGUAACAUUGCUGUUACGCAACUUACUGUUAGCUGACAGGGAACAUGGGUAGUUCUGAAUGGGGAUAUAUUGCGCGCAGUGGGUACAGUGUGUAUUAGAGUUGAAAUUCACCUGCCAAUAAGCAGCCUGUGUUCGGUGCUUUUGCGGAAACAUCUGCUGUGUUGCUGAUUCACCCUUUACAGAGCUCACAGACUGCUAAGAUAUAUAGGGCUGCAUGUUAUAACUAAUGUGCUGAUCAACCAAUCAGCCUACCUGUGCACUGGGCUCCUCCCACUAGACCUUGGUCUGUUUCUUCUUCCUAAACAGCAAGCACACCUUCAACGCCAGAGGUGUUUUUAUUGGAUGAUUUUAAUUUUUUUUUUUAUGGUAUAACUAUGAUUCCUUCAGACAUUUAUUUCACUUUUGUGAUCUUUGUGAAUGUGCUUUUACGAUAUGCAGCACAUGUGUAGGCUUGUGUUGACUGCCUUUGGAAAGCUGAUGUUGGAAUUGUUAACCAGGGUUGCUAAGAUUUUUUGGUUUUGUUUUUCUACUGAUGUUCAGGGUCUUUUUUUUGUGUGUGUGUGUGUGUGUGUGUGUGUGUGUGUUCUGGGAUUUUGGCUCCAUUCAGGUAUAAGCUCUACAUGGCAUCAUCUGACGUGGAGUGGUGUGUGAAUUAUAGCUGGUUGAUGAAAGUUAGUUAGAGGCAGAAAGGGCAAGGCCACAUGUUAACCAGGUCAUCAACAAGAACAGCCUUCAGUGUAGACCCAGACCGAGGAGACAGAUGGCCUGAGCAGAUAUUAGGAGGGGAGGGGAGGGGUGCGUUUGAAAGAUGUCACGUUCACUGGUGAUGUCCUAACAAGGCCAACGACGUUGAAGCUGUUUCAGCCAGGCUGAAAAUGAGGAUGACCGGACAUGCGCGCAAGGUUCUGUAGACUUAACACAGGUGAUGACGGAGUCUGAUUAAUCAUUUUCUAUGACUGGUGAUUUAAAGGAGGGCUCCUAUGAAGAGCUCAGAGGUGUCGUAAUGACUGCUGUGUGUGUGUGUGCGUGCGUGUGUGCGUGCGCGUGUGUGCGUGCGUGUGUGCGUGCGUGUGUGCGUGCGUGUGUGCAUGCUUUACUUGGGUGCAGUUUGACUGUGGUUUGAACGACUUUAAAUAUUUCAUGCUGAAGUUUCCCCCUUGAUGUUUGGCCUUGAUGUUUCUUAUUUGCAACACUGGUCUCUCCUUACGGCAUCAGUGAUGCAACAGGCCAGAAAUGUUUGAGUUUCCAUUCUGUCUCAUUACCACAAUCAUUGCUGUUGAUAUAUGCUUUGAAUGACCCUUUGAAGCCAAGAAGUACGCAAGUUAAUAAGUUUUAGCCGGUAAGUGGGGAUUAAUGUCUUGUUCUACUAAUAACCAAGCACUGUAGUUAAUGCAAGAAAUUGUCACAAAGGUCAAACUUCUUUCUUUGUCAUAUACCACUGAAUGAACAGUUUUAUUUAUUAUAUCUUAAUUCUGUUGCGAUGGAAGGAUGUUUAUCUUUUCUUCAUGUUUUUCAUUUUACCAUUGUGAAAAUCGGUAAGGGGUGUCAAUCUGGCAGUUUGUGGAGAUGCUAAGACUUUAAUACUUGAAAUUCUGUGUGAACUGCUGAGACCUAGCUGCAGGCAAAUGUCAGAAUGCCCUUUGGUUGCUAAAGAGUAUGUGACUUAGGUUUUGUCUUUUUAGGUGGUGAAUUUUACAAUUUAGGAACCGUUUCUCAGUUUUAAUUUUGAAUUGUACAUUUCAACUAUAUGAUUAAACCCUGAAAUGUUUACUGAUGGCUUUUGUAUUUUUGAUGAUGAUAAUGAUGACGAUUACUAUAAUUAAUAGUAUUGCACUGUUGAUUAUUCUAAAGUUUAUCAUAAAUUCUUUUUUAAUUUACUUGAAUAUGUAUUUUGAUGUUUGUUUUUGUUUUUUUUAUACAUUUAUGUUUGCACUGUGGCUGAAUUGAGUAGCGGUGUGCUGUCCGUCCUCGUGUUAAGACUGUAUUCCCUCAUGCUCCAGCAAGACCUGCUAUCCUGUAUACUGCAGCCGAUGUGGCAAAUGUCACGACUGAUGAAUAAAUAGACACGUAAUCUGAAAACAU